UCCCGGGCUGAAGUCGCGAGGAAAGAAAGAGAGAGGGUUCACACACACCUGUCUGCGCCCUCUCUUCCUAGUCCCAGUUUGAGCCUCUUUGUAAAGUUGGAGAUCAGGGAAAGCAGAGCUUGGCAGGGGCUUGGGGUCGUUUGCUGGCUUUGAGAUCCACUUUCUUGCUCCGGAUUAGUCCCACAAGACGCCUCUGGAAGAAGCCGGAGGAGACCCUGGUUUCUUCUUCCCCAGCAGAAAUGCCAGAAGCGUUUUCCAUGUGAGCGGUUGGAAAUGCUCCACGCCAUCCGACAAAGGUCUCUCUUCUAGCAGAAGAGCGUUCUCCAUUCAGAAGGUUGGGAUGCCAAGAAAUAUGAUGUCGGACUUCUCGGGAAUGGUGUGUGAAAUUCCUCCUGAGGUUCAGUUUGCGAGCUUUGGGAAAAAACAUCACCUGGAGGGUGGAAAGAGUCACCCAAGGCGAAGAGGUUCCUCUUUGGAUGACGAUGAGACUCUGAAGUACCUAACCCUUGAGGAAAAAGACGUCCUUCUCUUCUUUGAAGAAACCAUCGAUUCCUUAGAAGAUGACUUGGAGGAGCAAGCUCUCCAUGACAGCGGCAUCCAUUGCCACUCUCCAAAGUCAGUGGAAGAAAAUAUGUCCAGCCAUUCAGAGUCUGAAGACAUCAUAGACUUGGUGCAGCCAGGACCAGAGAACGGUGCAGAAGAAUCUGUUCCUAGCAGAUUCAUAGAACCAGAACUAGAGGAAACUUGGAAACUGGAUAAAUCAGUGGCAAAGCAUAUUGAGCCACCAGAUGAGGAAGUCUGUGUUGAUGCCAUUGGCUCAUCUUCUGUGCAACCGUCAGCUCCUCCAUUGCCAAUUUACGAAACGUUUCCUCCCCCGCCCCCAGUGCAGCACCCCAAAUUGACUCGCUCUGUCCCCACUCCACUAGUCAUUGCCCAGAAAAUAUCUGAGAAGCAGGCAGAGGACAAUUCUGUCUCGCCCACUUCACCAAAGGAAGCCAAGUCUGUUGAGAGGAGGAGCGCACUCCCGACCUCACCACUACGCAAUGGAGAGCAUUUCACAGCUUUCAAGAAACCUGUUCCACCCCCAACUGCACCCAAACCUCAGAGGUUUCCAAGCAACAUCAGCAUUACCAACAUCGGGGAAAGGGAGUUCAGCAAAACCAUCUCCAGUGCGGCGGUCAACAUCCAAGAACGCAAGGCUCGGGUGUUGGCCAACGUCAACGGUUCACCCUUCCUCAUAACGGAGGUGGAGGAGAGACUUCAGAAGCAUGACCUCUCAGGUUAUGGUAGAAGCUCAUCCCUAAGAGAUUUGCCUUCAGAGCAAGCGAGGCAGGAGGCCUUGAGUAGACUCGGUUUGGUAGAAGAAGGUUUUGGCCGAGGUCAAUGGGAUCACUCUGGAAGCAUUCCAAGACCAAAAGAGGACAAAGCUGGACAAGUUCAGACUGUGUCAAAUGGCUAUCGCAAUAUCCAUGAAAUCUUAAAGAGGGAAUCUGACCACUUCCCAAGCGUGAGCAAAACGGUGACGUUCAAACCGGACGUUGAUCUCACAGAUGGUAAGUCUGCUCGACAGAAUGCCACCAGGAAUUUUUAUGACCACAGGCCAUCAUCAAGCCUUAGCCUGGAUAUAAGGAGGAGAACUGGCUCAUUGCCCAGACCCUCUGGACUGAGACCCCAAGGCAUCACAGUACAGUUCUCUGGGCGCGGGUCAACAGAAGAAGCCAGGAGGGAGGCGUUACGGAAACUUGGACUGCUCAAGGAGUAGAUGAUGGACAGUAGAGGGAAGAAUAUACGAUCCCAAAGACAAAAUCCAGUGAGAUCAAAUGACAGCUCUCUCUUUUUCUCUCUCUCCUUGAGAUGAAGGAAAUAUUUAAUGUCAGAAUGCCAGAUAUGAUUUCUGCUAACAUUUUGUCAUGGAUUUUAUUAUGAUGAGCAAUUUGUAUUGCUUUAUCAAAGUCUUCUCUGGGAUUUCAAAAAAGACCAGUAAGUCCAUAAGAAUCCUAACUUUCAACGGAAGGCAUCCUACUAAAUGAAGUUUAAUUGCGCAGUAUUUGUGCAUAUGUAUGUAUGUAUGUUUGUAUGUAGCUGGCAAAAAUGUCUGAGUGCAUUGCCUUUUCUUUGGACUCCUACCAUAAUGAAGCCAAAAAAAAGUGAAGAAAUGGGUACUGAUCAAUUAUAUAAUAAUAAAUGUUGUGUAUAUAUGUAUACAUAUACUGAAGAGGUCAAACAUAUAAUAAAGCUUCUGUCUUUUAUUAUUGUGAACAUUUAACUGCACAGACACACACCACGUAUUUCUUUCUUCUGGAUAAUGGAGGGCAUAGAAUUGGUCAGAGUGUAAACAACCUAAAUACCAUAAGCAUCAGGUUGCGUAUAAUUUUGGAAGUUAAGCAGGGUCAGCCCUACUUAACACUUGGAUGGGAAGCCACCAAGAAAUGCCAGAUCAAAGGGCAAUUUAAAGGCUCUUAUACACACAUAACAACAACAACACUUUAUUUAUAUUCCGCCCUAUCUCCCCAAGGGGACUCAGGGCAGAUCACAGUACACAUACAUGGCAAACAUUCAGUGCUAUUUUGGACAGAAAGGAAAGUGACAAGACAAAACAGAAUGGAGUUAGUGUUGACAUCCAGCUUUUUGGCGCCUUGGAGGUUGUGCUCAAAUCCAGCCACCGAGGGGUGCUGUUACUCCAUCCUCUAUGACGAAGAGCCAUCAGGACUUCCACCUACCUUUUGAUCACCGGGCAUUUUCUGAUCUUUUUUCUUUUAUAAUGUCAUAAAAUACCUCCCCCACUUGUUUAGCAGUACCUAGUUUCUCUACUUACAGCUCUAAGCUGUUUUUGAACUGCUUAGGUAAACAGUGAGCUGGGCUGACAGUCGGGAGCUCAUGCUGACCCAGAGCUUCGAACUGGCAACUUUUCUGUUGGUAGAUCUUAUUGCUGGUGAUUUACCAGUGGCGUGAAAGUCCAGCCCAAUAAAUCACAGAUUUGCCUUUUCUGGAGAGAACAAUGUAGUGUGAGUCUUUAAGUAAAGAGCUGUUUCUUUAGAUCCCUCAACAUUUGGCACUUUCCUACUACAAAUCAGAUUCCCAGCUGGCAAGACCAAAAUCUUGUAUUUUCCAAGCUUUAUUCACAAUAUAAGAAUAACCCUUGUGGUUCAGGCUAAACAAACCCAUCUAAUCCAGUGGCCUACCGGAUGCUAUUGGGAAGCACAUACAAGUGGACAUGAGCACAACAGCAUACUAAUAGUAUUGAGGAUAAUACAUAGCCAUCACAAAAAUACAGGUCCUAGGAUUCCACAGGAUGGAUUCAUGGCAGUUAAAAUGGUAUCAAUAUGCAGUAUCUGUGUAAUGUGGACACACUUACAAAUGUUUUGAACUUCAUAUCAUUGCCAGUGGUUCAAAUGGUGGGACUUCUAGAGCAUAGCACCUGAAUUUCCUCAGAUAUUUUGGGCUUCAUCUUCCAGAAGUGUCAAUGUGUCAAGCAUAAAGACAGGUGCGAGCAGUAUUGUUAUUGAGAAUUGGUUGUCCCUUUGAAGACAAAAUGAAGCAUUUUUAGGGUAAGCUACAAUCCCUGUUCCUAGAAAUGUACACUGAAAAAAAGAUAUAGAUCAGAGAUGGGCAAAUGUUGGCCCUCCAAAUGUUUUGGACUUCAACUCCCACAAUUCCUAACAGCCUACUGGCUGUUAGGAAUUGUGGGAGUUAAAAUCCAAAACACUUGGAGGGCUGAAGUUUGCCCAUGCCUGAUAUAGCUCAAAAGGCGUGAAUCUCCCCUCUCCUCACAUCACUCUACAGAGUAUUCUCAACCAUUGUUUACUUUUGUGGUCAAAAGUUAUAAUAACCCUUGAGUGUGAUUAUCAUUGACCAUGUUAGCUGAAACAUUCUGGUAGUUGCAGUCCCAAAAAAAAAGUAACUUUCCCAUUAUCUAUUCUAAAUUCAUUUUGAACUUGAAACAUGAGCAGUUUGAAUCAUGCAGCUGUACUUGAAAUACCAGGAAUUGUUUCAAAAAUGUCAUUAGAUCUGCACCAUCUUUGGGCCAAAUAACAUUUACUUUGGGUUGUUGUAGGUUUUUUGGGCUGUGUUGCCAUGUUCUAGAAGCAUUCUCUCAUGAUGUUUCACCUGCAUCUAUGACAGGCAUCCUCAGAGGUUGCGAGGACUUUACCUGCAUCUAUGACAGGCAUCCUCAGAGGUUGUGAGGACCUUACCUGUAUCUAUGACAGGCGUCCUCAGAGCUUGUAAGGAUCUCACCUUCAUCUAUGGCAGGCAUCCUCAGAGGUUGUGAGGAACUCACCUUCAUCUAUGGCAGGCAUCCUCAGAGGUUGUGAGGACCUCACCUUCAUCUAUGGCAGGCAUCUUCAGAGGUUGUGAGAACCUCACCUUCAUCUAUGGCAGGCAUCCUCCGACGUUGUGGGGACCUCACCUGCAUGUAUGGCAGGCAUCCUCAGAGGUUGUGAGGACCUCACCUGAAUCUAUGGUAGGCAUCCUCAGAGGUUGUGAGGACCUCACCUGCAUGUAUGGCAGGCAUCCUCAGAGGUUGUGAGAACCUCACCUUCAUCUAUGGCAGUCAUCCUUAGAGGUUGUGAGGACCUCACCUGAAUCUAUGGUAGGCAUCCUCAGAGGUUGUGAGGACCUCACCUGCAUCUAUGGUAGGCAUCCUCAGAGGUUGUGAGAACCUCACCUUCAUCUAUGGCAGGCAUCCUCAGAGGUUGUGAGGACCUCAUCUGCAUCUAUGGCAGGCAUCCUCACAUGUUGUGAGGACCUCACAACCUCUGAGGAUGCCUGCCAUACAUGCAGCUGAAACAUCAGGAGAGAAUGCUUCUAGAACAUGGCCACACAGCCCAGUGAUUCCAGCCAUGAAAGCCUUUGACAAUACAUUGAACAGGUACUUUAUUUUGUUGUAAUUUAAGACUCUGUUCUCAUCCUGGUCUAAAAGUUAUUCCUUCUGUUCAGAAAACAGAAGUUUUGGAGAGGAUUUCUACACUCACGAUUUUUCUUAGAUCUAAAAACAUAAAAGAAUCUGUGUAUGUAUCGGUAUAAGAACUGUAUGUUUGUGUGCGAGAGAAAGAAGCUUUGCCACUGUGAAUUUGCAUCAUCUCCUAUCAAAUACAUUGCUUGAACCUCCAAGCUAGUUCUAACAGAUGAAGGUUGUUGUGAAGGAAUUUCAUAUAUCAUGGUUUGUCUCAAAAUUAACUUAUUCCUACAAAUACAGUUUAAUCUGCUUUCAUUUCUUUAAACUGCUGUAUAUUUGGUUUUCUUUACAUGUAGGUUCCGCUCAGAAUGCUAAAAAUAUUUAUACAUUUAUUGUCAUACUUCUCCACUGAUGUUCAACUAUGCUGUAACAUCCAGUAGCUGAAAUAAACAUGGUUGUCUCCGGAA